UCUCAAAUUCUCUAUCUCCAUCUCCACACACACAUGGAUGAGCCAAGCGAGGGGAAUGCAGUAGAAACCUUGGAUAUUGGGCUGUGUCGAGAAGCCCAUCAAAUGGGCUGCUUGAUCGGGAAGCGCUUCUCCGGCUUAAUCAAAAGCCGAGUUGCCACGGACCUCACCCUCCAGAAGCAGCUUCUCCCUUUUGCUCGCACCCCUCGAGCUAAAUCACUUUUGGAAGCUCUAGAAACUAGCAAUAGAGAGAGGUACCCCAGGUACUGGGACGAGCUUCUUGGGACUGCAGUGGGGAGUGGUGUUCCAUUUCUUCAUAUAAUGUUGCUGAAUUUUAGAAAAGAAAUACUACCCUUUAUUCCCAAUGAGAGGAUAAAGGAAAAGGAAGAAGCUGUGGAUGAUGAUUGCUCGGAUGUUCUCGUCGUCGAUGAGUCCAUGGCCUUCGCCGCACACAAUGAAGAUGCCAACGUAGCUCUUCUGGGCCACACCUUCUUGGUGAGAGCAGAACUUCCAAAUGGGCUCUCAUUCACUGCUUACACCUAUGCAGGGGAGCUCCCAAGCUGUGCAUUUGGAUUCAACAGCAAUGGAUUGGCUUUUACACUAAAUUCAGUGCCUCCGUCCAACGACGAAAUCGCCGCAGGGGGUGUCGGUCGGAAUUUCGUAUCGAGAGAUCUCCUCGAAGCAACUGGCCUUGCUGAUGCAGUGAAUAGAAUUCGGUCGCCGAAUGUUUCAGUGGGCCACUGCUACAAUUUGGUAGAUGUAAGAAACCGUCGGAUUCUGAACGUCGAGACAACAUCUCAGAACCGAUUUUCUGUUCGCGAAGUCGGAGCAACGCCUUUCUUCCACGCAAACAUGUACCUGCAUCUUCAAGUAAAACAGCUACAAGAUGAGAACUCCAUCUGCCGACAACGACGAGCGGCUUUACUUUCCGUAGAGUCGAAAGAAGAGGCAUUGCAAAUUCUUGGAGAUGCUGCAGAUGAGAAAUUUCCAAUCUUCAUGACAGGUCCAACACUACACACCCUAUGCACAGUGCUUAUCGAUCUAGAUGAGCAAACUAUGACCAUAUUCAAAGGCAACCCAAAGAAAAGAGAAAUAUCACACGUGUUUCGGAUCGAUUAGAGGAACAUGAGUUGCUGCUGACAGAAGAAUCAGUUCAUGCAGUUCAUUUUCCGGUCAGAAACUUCAGACUAAACUUUGCGAGGGCUUUGUAAUAGCAGAAUCAAUAGUCUGCAAGUGAAUGAUUAUUGCUGCAAAUUUUAGUGUGCUAGACCCAAUAAAGGCGAAUAAUGGCAUUCUCAGCAGAAUUUCAAUGUGUGCUAGUUUCGACAAAUGCCUAUCAGACAGUGAUCAAACAAAGCGUGAUGAGGUGGACUCACGAAUAACUUACUUCGACAUCCAAACAGGCCCUUAAUGUAUCAGAAAAGUAUUAUGACAAACAUGCGCUCACAAGCAUCACCGUCAUAUGUGUCUCUUUCUAAGAAAUGACAGCUCAAAGUUUACAAACAGAGAAACUCACAGCUCCACAUAUCGUUUUGUUCUGUUGCAAUGUGGUGUGUCCAUAUUGAUCCGUUCAAAUUCAACUCGAUCCAUAUAAAAUGUAGAUUGGAAUUUAUCCUAAUAAGAAUAAGGAUGAAUUAUAUGUUUCUUAUUAAUUAAGAAACAUAUCUCCCGACGGAUAUAUCAAUAGAAAUCUUGAUCUUAAUCUCUAUUUUAAGGGGUCCUAAUAAACUAUAAAUACGACCCUUUCUCUCGAAUUUCAAACGUACGGAAUAAUAGAGAUUCUUUUCGUUCUCGGAGUUUUGGAGUGAAGUCGAGAUACAUGGAAGGUCCAAGAGGCAAGAACAAUUCAAGACAAGAAGGCUAGUGAAAUAAGAAACCCAAUCCGUUAUUGGUUUGUGGAUACAUUGUCUAUUCAAUUUGUAAGCCUUCGCUGCUCUCCUAUUCCAACAAUGGGUAUCAGAGUCAUUUUA